AUGUGGUUAAGUGAAAAAUGUCAUUUAUUGCAAACAUAUUCUGAUUUAAUAUUUAAUAAUAAACAACAAACAUUAAUGGAUAUUAGAUUAUUAAAACAUUAUCCAUCACGUGCAAAUGAAUUUCAACAACGUUUAGAACAGUUGGCAUUUAAUAAUAAUAAUUUAAAACAAACAAUAAAACAACAUCGACAACAAAUUGGAUUAUUAGAACAUCUUUAUCAAUAUUAUUAUGCUUCGAGUAAUGCUGAUGCAUGGUUAGGUGAACAAGAAUUAUAUACGAUGAGUGAAGAACGUGGAAAAGGUGAAUUAACAACAUAA